UUAACAGGAAAAUACAAUUUAAUCAUUUAAACACACACAGCUAUGUACAACGACCGUAUGAUUCUAUUCAAACACAGCCAAUGUUUAUUGACAGUGUUUGCGUUUGGUCAUUCUAGCCAACAUUUGAAUUUAGAAUUAAGAAAGAGAACUCAUGAGAUUGUGAGUGAAGGCCAACUCAGUCCAUGAACGAAGAUAACAGAAUAACAACAAGUAUGAUCCGAAGGUCCAGAAGUAAGGAAACAAUAUCCUUGCCCGUGGAUUCGAACGGCAUCCCGAAGGCGCAAAUGCCAAGUGUCACCAACUCAGGGCAAGGCCAGGUGGGUCUUGUCUGUGAGGAUGCGCCACAGCCUUUAUCCAAGGCUUCAACUCCCUCGAGUUCUCAUCACCGAAGUCUCUUUGGAGCUGCAAAAAGUCUGCGUUCCAAGUCAAGUUCCAAUCUCCUCGCUCUGCUGCGUCCCAACGAAGAAGACUCACAAUUUUUAAUCAGAUUAACCGGAUUAUCCAAAGAGCACGUGGAGGAAAAAUUCCGACAGUUUGCCUCAAUUACCAAUUCCAAACCGGACAAGGGAAUGACUUCAAAGCAAUUUUUCAAGCUCUACCAACGAGCCUUUCCGGCUUCGGUACAACCGUGGAGAUUGGCCAGCAGUCUCUUUCGCAUGGUGGAUAAGGAUCACGACGGAGUUUUGUAUUUUCGGGAGUUCUUCAUUGCAUUCUGCAAACCCACUCCUCAGAUCAGCGUCUCAACUCAGAAUAAAUUUCGAACUCUGUUCCACAUCUGGGACCAUUUGGAGCUCGGCUAUUUGACCCCUGGAUCUGUGGCCCUAAUCAUGAAGGAUGUCUUUGAUAUCUUGGGAUUAUCCUCGGAUUAUCACCACGAAGCCAUCGAGUUGUUUAGCGCCCUCGAUACAGACAAGGAUUGUCGCGUUUUCGAGGGCGAUUUUGUACGGGGAAUGAUGACAAACGCGAAGUGGGUUCAUCGAAUGGAAACGUGCAAUUUCUGUGUCCCACCCGAGGACAUUUACCUGGGACAGAGUGCAUUCUGGGAAAAUUGAAGCAAGACUUUACUUUUAUGCCCCUCAUUUAAGACUGAACGGAUACAUUAGCAUGCGUACUGCUUUUUAUGAACUAUUCGACAAUGGAUACUUGGCCAUUAAGAGAUUCGUUUCCAGGGAAGCAAAAAGCUCUUUUGGGGGGAACCGAUGAGAGUAUUGAAGUAAAUAUGUCAAAGCUACUGCCAUAUGUCGCCUUCAGAAUUGCAUCGAGAACAAAAAAAAUAUUCGCUAUUUGCCAGUUUUAUGGAAAAU